CUUCACCUGGAUUAUUGGACGCUGACAUCAAAGCAGAACAAGCGAUUGCUCAGGCUCUUGGCAAACUUUCACUGAAAGAAAGAGAACGAGCCUAUGAAGAUGUCCAUGGCAUCAGCCAACCAAUAGACGAAACGCCAAAGACGAUUGCAGACUUGAUGCAGAAACUCAUGUUCGAGUUGGCUUCCAUCAAGUCGAAACCAGCCUUUGAUAUCGCCAAGCAACUUUCUGAAGACUUUGUCACCAACCAUGCCUUCCUACUAUCUUUCUUGCGAGCUGAAUGCUAUGAUGCUACCAAGGCAGCCGCUCGAAUGGUUAAGUAUUUUGAAACCAAGAAAGAACUCUUUGGGGCCGAAAUGCUUACCAAGACCAUCACCUUUGAAGACUUAGACUCUGAUACCCAAAAGGUGGUUGCUCGAGGAUCAAUAAGUUUACUUCCAUCAAGAGAUACACUUGGAAGGUAUGUAUAUGUAUCUUCGCCUGGACAUCAUUUGAGUGGGUUGACUACGCUUGCAACCUUGCCAAAGGCAGUCUGGUACAUUGUUAGCACCGUUGCCGAAGAUGAAGAGUCUCAGCUCAAGGGAUUUGUCGCGAUUACGUACGCAGUUGGAUCUCAAUUGCAAGAUAAAGGGGGGGAGAGGAAUAAGGCAAUGUGGUUCGCUUGUGUGAAUGCUGGCACUUGCAUCCCUGUGCGAGUUUCGGGUUUCCAUCAUUGUCACAGCAGUACUAAACAGUUCAGCCUCAUGCUCAAGGUUGUCACCAUAGCGGGGGACAGUUCGUUUAACACUUGA